AUGGCGGCGCCCAUGCGGUUUGGCGGAGCUGCUGUGAUGCAGUCCGUAGUCACCAGGGGACUCUUUAGGUCACGAUUAUUCUCGACAGCGGCCACGCCAUUAAGUGACCUCGCCAAGCAAGAAACAUCUGCAAAGGAGGCCCCAUCAGUCCUCGAGAACGAUGAAUCAACAAUAGAGAGGAUUCUGUUGGAACCUCUGAAGCAUCCUGACUUCUUUGAGGUCAACAAACUCUUCACCCAGAGGGACCUGUUCAGGGCUAACGUCCAUGUCGGCCACAAGGAGGGAGCGUGGGACAGAAACAUGUAUCCUUACAUCUUCGGCGCUCGUCUCGGAGUUCACAUCAUCGACCUGGACCAAACUGUGGAGCUCCUAACCCGUGCGCUGAACUUCACGGCACACAUGGCUUACCGCAAAGCUAUCGUCCUGUUCAUCAGUCGCCACCGCCAGUUUACACAUCUCAUUGAAAACACGGCAAAGGACUGUGGAGAGUACGCUCACACGCGCUACUGGCAGGGGGGAAUGUUCACUAACGCUACCUUACAGUACGGGGAGGGGGUGAGGCUGCCAGAGCUUGUGAUCUUCCUCCACACGCUGAAUAAUGUGUUUGAGUCACACGUAGCGAUACGAGAUGCAGCAAAGCUGAACAUCCCCACUGUCGGGAUCGUGGACACCAACUGUAAUCCGAACCUGAUCACGUACCCUGUACCAGGGAACGACGAUAGUCCGGAAGCAGUGGAACUCUACUGUAGGCUCCUCAAAGAAGCCAUUUUGAAAGGAAAGGCAAAGAGAGAGGAGAUAGAGAAGCAGAUAGCUAAAGAAAGGGAGGAAAAAACAAGAAAAGAAGGAGCAUGAUACAGAGGGUCUGAGUGUGACAUUUGGAAAAAGUGAAAUCAUUACCCCUAGGUUUAGAAGAAUAGAAAGUUGUCUAUUGUGUAGUUUGUUGACAGUUUUCUUUGUUACUUCUUAGUUCUUACCUAGUGUUCCUUUCUUUCGUCAUCAUUGAUUGUGGUGCUUACGCACAAAGGCGUCUCCUUCCUAUAUAUUACAACGACUUGAUCGACUAAUGAAGCAGAGCAACUACAACAACAUUGCAGUGUAUACUCUUAAUUUUACUAUUGUAUAUCAUUAGCACAGCUCAAACACAUUGUUCAUUAUAUCUGGAGUAUAUACAUGUAAUAUAAUUCAUUGAUUAUACAUUGUCGUUCAUGUGUGACUCUCUCUUAUUUUGAUAUUAGCAAAUAUUCAUUUGUAUAUUGUAUAUACACCAUACUAUAUCAGAUAAUGUUACAAUGGAUACAAUUUGAAAAAAAAAUACAGUUACAGUUUGUCACUUCAGACAGUCCAUAUACUGAAAGCUACAUGUGUGCAUCUUGCAACUGGGCCACUGUCUUCUAUUGUUACUGCUAAAGGGCUACCACUUGCAGAGAAAAGUAUGCCACAAAAACAUAAAUAAGACAGGGCAAUUUUCUGUGCCAUAGCCUAUUCCACAUACCAGUAUUUGAAAUUAUAUUACCGAUACUGUUAUUCUCCCAUUGCAGAACUUUUCCACGUGAAUACUAGUACCACAAAACUGCUUCAUAGUUUUAACAAAAACCUAACUACCAACACUGUACAACCUCCCUCUUCCAAUUAAAAUCAUUCUUGG